AUAACUGCAACCAACACUAAAAAUCCUCUAGUAAAUCAGAAACACACAAAACCCUAGUUAAAAAUGGCAGUGAUGAGUCACAACAACGCAGAAGGCAGGCUAUACGAGUCAACCCGGACUCGGCCGAUUCCUUACUUACAAACUGGUGGCCAAGAGAACGGAGGAGACGAUGACGACGACGACUGUGACGUUGCUCCGGCGGCUUGAUCAUCAUGUGCAUAUUAUCGUAUGCUACUAUAAACUUAAAUAACAGCCAUUUAAUUAAGUAGUAAUAUAAUUGUGCUUCUUGU